UGAUUAAACUGAUCAAUUUCAUACAAAUUUGCUUUCUGCUAAUAGAUGUAAAAAGACACGGAUCCCGGCAAGAUAAGAUAUAAAAACAGGGAAUCUUGAUAAGCCUGAAUAAUCAUCCUCCCUCCAUCGCACCUUUUCACGGAGUCUAGUCCCCCCCCUCUGGUAUUGUGUGUCAGAUUGGUACAGCCCAGUCCCUCAACCAAUCAGAGGGUGCAGCUAAAGAAACCUCAUCCACCUCCUAUUGAAUUGAAUGCAUCCUGCACACAGACAGGAAACACAAAGCUGUACCAUCUUCCCUCUUGGAUAGGGGAGAGGCUUCCAGAAACACACCAGUAGCCUGAACAAGUGCAUGGAAUAAUCAAGGCAAAGUGAUGCUUUUUAGUGACAACAGCUGAAUAAUUUCCUUCAUACCAAGAUGCUAGCCAGGAAAGGACUUCUCCCUGACGAGUUCCUAAUCACUCACCUGGCAGAGGAAAGGGUUACUAAUUCCCAGUAUAGACCCAAAACCAAAAGAGCACGUUUUGUGACGAAAAAUGGAGCCUGCAAUGUGGCCCAUAAGAACAUUCGUGAGCAAGGACGAUUCCUCCAAGAUGUCUUCACCACUAUGGUGGAUUUUAAAUGGCAGCACAGCUUGUUGAUCUUUACGAUGACAUUUAUUUGCAGUUGGAUGAUGUUUGCUAUGGCUUGGUGGCUAAUAGCAUUUGCCCAUGGUGACCUUGGCCCAAAACGUGGCUCUUUUGUGCCUUGCGUUACUAAUAUCCAGUCUUUUACUUCUGCCUUCCUCUUCUCCAUCGAGGUUCAAGUUACUAUCGGAUUUGGAGGCCGAAUGGUGACUGAGCAGUGCCCUUUGGCCAUAACAGUGCUCAUUAUACAAAAUAUAUCUGGGUUGAUCAUCAAUGCAGUCAUGUUAGGGUGUAUUUUCAUGAAAACCGCUCAAGCCAACCGCCGGGCAGAAACGUUGAUUUUUAGCAAACAUGCCGUCAUAGCCUGUCGUGAUGGGAAGUAUCGCUUUAUGUUCCGGGUGGGUGACUUGCGGAAAAGCAUGAUUAUCAGUGCUUCUAUCAAAAUCCAAAUUGUCAAGAAGACCACAACGGAAGAAGGGGAAGUCAUUCCUAUUUCCCAGGUGGACAUCCAAGUGGAAAACCCUGUAGGGACGAACUCCAUCUUCUUGGUAUCCCCGCUUAUUGUUAGCCACACUAUUGAUGAAAGAAGCCCACUGUAUCUCUUUUCAGCUUAUGAUAUUUGCAAUGAAGAUCUGGAGGUGGUGGCAAUACUGGAAGGUGUGGUGGAGACAACAGGUAUCACUACCCAGGCAAGAACAUCCUAUUUACCAGAGGAAAUCCUUUGGGGCCACCGGUUCGUUCCUAUUGUCACAGAAGAAGAAGGCAGAUACUCGGUAGACUAUUCCAAGUUUGGAAACACAGUCAAGGUGCAUGGGCCCCUGUGCAGCGCCAAAGACCUAGCUGAAGGUAGAUAUUGUGCACUGCCCAGAAAUGGACACCAUUCAAAGCCAAAGAAAAGAAGAGGUGCAAGUCAUGGAGUUGGGGAAGCUGUGAGGGAAAUUGCUGCAGAAAAUCAGCCUAACAAUUCAGAUUCUUAAUACUUACGAUGCUUUAUGGUCAUGUGCAGAGUAUUACACAGUUAUGCCUAGCCUGUAGCCUUUAAGCCUUCUCCUGACAGGGAAUGCUGGAUGCUGGACAUUCCUUGCAUUGUUAUUUAAUGAAAAAGAUGAAUAUUUUCACAUACUCUUUCUAUCAUAUCAAAAGCAAUUAGUAAUUACUAAAGGUUCGUUUUCAGAAGUCAUAUCCACUCAAGUGCAAGAUUGUUAUUGAGGCAAAGCUAAUGGCCAACAUUCCCUAAGGUGUGCUCCAUCUCUACAUGCUCCACCUCUACAGAUCACAUUGGUGGGGCUUGGCCUUACUAGUGCGUCAUUCACAAGGAAAUGAGAAGUAUCCAUUCAUUACAUGGCAUUUAAUAUGUGCUUAAUUACACAAGUAGUUGACUGCAAGGGUCCAAAGGCAAAUACAUUGCAAAUAGUGAAUUGAUGCGUAUCAGUGUGCAGUGUUUAACACUGUGCUGCUCCUUGUUCCUGUUGUGCCACCUAUUGCCUGGCUUGAAAACCAAGCCUAAAAGGAUUCAGAGAUCCUACUAACCAACUAUUAUUAGCAGCACCAUUUAUAACAAGGCAAAAGGCUUUAAAACACAAAGGAAUUAUUAGCUGAAAUCUAUAUUUUGUUAUCCUUGCUUACAGAAGCAUUGGCGUCAGAGUUGGGUUAAAAGAAAGAGGCUGGAGCUCCAAUUCAGUAGAAAAUCUUUUUAAAACACAUUUCGAGCAUCACAACUGUUAUCUGCCACUGCCUUUUGGUUUAUUUGGUAUUUGUUUUAUAACACGAGCACCCAAUUUGUUGCCCCGGUGGAGGCAAGUUUGUAUCUCCAUAACUGCCUACCUCACAUAAGGGGUAAGUUAUGGCCAGUUAGAGAAUGGCCAGUUAGAAGCA